AUGAGCAUCGCUUCUCCGUACUGUUCCAAAGAUCGCGCGGUCGUUCAUCAACGUGAUAGCUCAAGCAUCGAAUUGGCAGAUCCUAACCAGACGCCACACUCCGAUGACGUAGAGAGAGGAACUGUAGUUGGAGGAGAGCAGGAAACGACCCUGCCACGAGCUGAUGGCGGAAAGAAUGCUUGGUUAUUCUUAGCUGGUUGUUUUGUAUUCGAAGCUUUGGUUUGGGGGUUUCCAUUUUCCUUCGGGGUGUUUCAGUCAUUCUAUACAUCACACCCUCCAUUCAACGACCACCCGAGUGGGAUUGCCAUUAUUGGCACCUGCUCCACAGGGGUUAUGUAUUUCUUCGCACCUAUUUCACUCUACGCCCUCGAAGCUUGGCCCUCAAUCCGUCGCCUUUCCUCCAUCCUCGGUCUCAUGAUAAUUGUUUCGGCGCUCCUCGCAUCCAGCUUCGCCACCCGCGUCUGGCAUCUCAUCCUCACCCAGGGCAUGCUGUACGGCAUCGGUGGUAGCUUGUUAUACUCGCCUACGAUGUUCUACCUCGACGAAUGGUUCAUUCAGAGAAAGGGGCUGGCCUUCGGCAUUAUGUGGGCCGGCACUGGGACCUCUGGCGUUAUCUUCCCCUUCCUCCUCACCGCCCUCCUCAAUGCCUACGGCUUCCGCACCACCCUCCGCGUCUGGUCCUUAACCAUGCUUAUCCUCUGCACGCCCCUAAUCCACUUCGUCAAGGCGCGGGUCCCCGUCCCCUCGCUCUCUCUUCCCCGGCGACCCAUCUCCCUCUCCUUCCUCACAAGCCGCGUCUUCCUCUCCUUCCAACUCGGCAACAUCCUCGAAUCCCUCGGCUUCUUCCUCCCCUCCAUCUACCUGCCCAGCUACGCGCGGGCUCUCCACCUCCCUCCCACCACCUGCUCCCUCCUCCUCGCCUUCCUCAACGGCUCCUCCAUCGCCGGCGCCAUCGUCAUGGGCCACCUCUGCGACCUCUUCCCCGUAACCUUCAUCAUCGCCCUCUCCACCCUCAGCGCCUCCCUCUCCGUCUUCCUCCUCUGGGGCCUCUCCUCAUCCCUCCCUUCCCUCCUCCUCUUCGCCUCCCUCUACGGCCUCUCCGCCGGCGGCUUCAGCGCCAUCUGGACCGGCAUGAUGCGCGCCGUCCAGCGCGCCGACCCCCUCGCCACCCUCGCCACGCUCAUGGGUCUGUUCUCCGCCGGCCGCGGCAUCGGCGCCGUGCUGUCGGGGCCUCUGAGCGAGCUUCUGCUCGCGGCGGAGCCGCUCCGCGGCGCCCCCGCAGCUUAUGCGAGCCCUUACGGUCCGCUGAUUCUAUUCACGGGCGUGAGCGCCCUGCUGGAUCUUGUUUGCUUGGGCGCGGGGAGGCACAGGACGUGA